UGGAUCACCGGAGGCGGCCACGGUAUGCUGUCCCCGGUUUUCGGACUCGGCGUGGAUAAUAUGCAGCAAUUCCACGGUGUUCUCCCCAAUGGCACCUCAGUCACGGCGAACCGUUGUAAGAAUCCAGAUGUUUUCUUCGCUCUCCGGGGAGGA